AUGAGUUAUUAUACAGCUUCCAAUUACAACAAUGAUACCCAGACUCCAUCCCAGAUGUCUCUCAACCCUCAACAGCAGACGUCGCUGGCCUCUUUGUUGGCCUCUGCUGCUGCCCAGCAGGCCCAGCAAAAUCCAGCAGGACAAAACCCGCAGGCUGCAAAUUUACUAGCUAACCAGAAGAUGCAGUCUCCUAGCCAGAUUUACAAUCAUAUGGCCACUAAUCUGGCCCCUUCUGGCUCCUCGGCUGGUAACUACACGGCCCUGUCAACCUCCAACUCGUCGACAGGCUCGUCGACGUACCAGUCCUUGCUUCUUUCGUCCCCUCAAACGUCUGUGGCCUCUCUUUACUCGACCCAGAGAGCUCGCUUUAUGUCGUCUAAGGGCUUCGAUUUUGAGGACGAUAUGGAGUUCUGUCCGGAGAUUGUCUACACGGGAAAGAGCAAGUUCAAUCCAUACACUUCGCAGACUUUCAGCCCAAACACCUCGCCAGAGGCCGCGGCUCACGCUCAGACCUCUCCCCUGAGCCCGGGCACGCAGGGCGUACAAUCUCUGUACUCUAGAUCUGCGCAGGCCACGCCAGGAACCCCAAGCGGUUCUUCUCCACGGCCAAGCACGCCUCGGACUAAAAAGGUGCUCGAAAUUGUGAAUCCGCACACAGGAAUGAAGAUCUCGCAGGGCAAUGUUUCUGCUGUGAAAUGA